AUGGCUGAUUACGAAGAAGGUUACGAGUAUGAUGAUUAUGGAGAGGAGGAUGCAGGUAUCACGGCGGAGGACUGCUGGACGGUUAUUUCUUCCUUCUUCGAGGCAAAAGGUCUAGUCUCGCAACAACUCGAUUCCUUCGAUGAGUUUGUCCAAACGACUAUGCAAGAGCUCGUCGAAGAAAACUCUCAACUUACCCUUGAUCAAAAUAACCCACCGUCAACCGAUGCCAAUCCUAUCGCGCUCCGCCGAUACGAAAUCAAGUUCGGCACCAUUAUGCUUUCGCGACCAGCUAUGACCGAAGGUGAUGGCAGCACACAAGUUAUGUUGCCACAAGAAGCCCGUUUACGAAAUCUCACGUAUUCAAGUCCUCUUUACAUGGAAAUGACGAAGAGCGUUCAAGUCGCGGUUGAACGUCCCGUUCCUUUGAACGAGCUUGAUGACGAACAGGAGGCCGAAUUGGCGAGAGGCGGAGAACAUCCUACACGAUUGAUUUGGGAAUAUGAAGAUGGCGGCGACCCCAACGGUGACAAAGGAGCUCCGAAACCAGAUUCAGUUUAUAUUGGAAAAUUGCCUAUCAUGCUGAAGUCGGAAUUCUGUAUGCUGAAGGAUCUCGACGAAGACGAUCUCUACCAAUGGAAUGAAUGCCCUUACGACCAAGGAGGAUAUUUUAUCAUCAACGGAAGUGAGAAGGUUCUCAUCGCUCAAGAGCGCAGUGCGGCCAACAUCGUACAAGUCUUCAAGAAGCCAGCCAACACCGCAGUCUCGUACUUGGCUGAAAUUCGAAGUGCUCUAGAGAAGGGUUCGCGCCUCAUUUCUUCUUUACAAAUCAAAUUAUUCGACAAAGGCGACAGCAACCGAGGAGGUUUUGGUAAAACUGUUAAGUCAACUUUACCUUACAUCAAGGCAGACAUUCCCAUAGCUAUCGUCUUUCGCGCACUUGGUGUUGUAUCCGACGAGGACAUCUUGAACCAUAUCUGUUAUGAUCGCAAUGACACGCAAAUGCUCGAGAUGUUGAAGCCAUGUAUCGAGGAAGCUUUUGUCAUCCAAGAUCGUGAAGUCGCCCUCGAUUUCAUUGGAAAGCGUGGUAAUGGCACAUCCUUAACUCGUGAGAAGCGUAUUAAAUAUGCCCGCGACAUCAUGCAGAAGGAACUACUGCCUCAUAUCUCGCAAAAAGAAGGUAGCGAGACCCGAAAAGCCUUCUUCUUGGGCUAUAUGGUCCAUAAGCUACUUCAAUGUGCUCUCGGACGUCGGGAGACUGAUGACCGAGAUCAUUUUGGCAAGAAGCGUUUGGAUUUAGCUGGUCCUUUGCUUGCAAAGCUCUUUAGAAAUUUGUUCCGCAGAUUGACUUCAGAUGUUUACAGAUACUUGCAACGUUGCGUGGAAAACAACAGAGAGUUCAAUUUGACGUUAGGUGUGAAAUCCACGACGAUCACGAACGGUCUGAAAUAUUCCUUGGCUACAGGGAAUUGGGGCGACCAGAAGAAGGCAGCAAGCUCUACUGCUGGUGUGUCUCAAGUAUUGAAUAGAUAUACAUUCGCAUCAACACUUUCUCAUUUGCGCCGAACCAAUACGCCCAUUGGACGUGAUGGAAAAAUCGCCAAACCUAGACAACUACAUAAUACUCAUUGGGGUUUGGUUUGCCCGGCAGAGACGCCCGAAGGUCAAGCUUGUGGUUUGGUCAAGAAUUUGGCUUUGAUGUGUUACGUUACAGUUGGUACGCCAAGUGACCCAAUCGUUGAAUUCAUGAUUCAGCGAAAUAUGGAAGUGCUGGAGGAAUAUGAACCACUCCGAGCCCCCAAUGCAACAAAGGUUUUCGUCAAUGGUGUUUGGGUUGGUGUUCAUCGAGAUCCUGCCCAUUUGGUCAAGUGUGUACAAGACCUUCGUAGAUCGCACUUGAUCUCACAUGAAGUCUCACUUAUUCGAGAGAUUCGAGACAGAGAGUUCAAAAUCUUCACCGAUGCAGGACGAGUGUGCAGACCUCUAUUGGUCAUUGACAAUGAUCCCGAUAGCGCCAACAAAGGUAACUUGGUAUUGAACAAGGAUCACAUUCGCCGUUUGGAGGAUGACCAGUCGCUGCCAGCAAGCAUGGAUCAGGAAGAACGAGUAAACCAAGGAUACUAUGGAUUUCAAGGUUUGAUUAACGAUGGUGUCGUCGAAUACCUAGACGCCGAGGAAGAAGAGACUGUUAUGAUUACCAUGACACCCGAAGAUCUCGAUAUCUCCCGACAGCUUCAGGCUGGUUACCAAAUUCGUCCUGACGAGAGUGGUGAUUUGAAUAAGCGUGUCAAGGCACCUAUCAAUCCUACUGCACACAUCUGGACUCAUUGUGAAAUCCAUCCAAGUAUGAUUCUGGGUAUCUGUGCAAGUAUCAUUCCAUUCCCGGAUCACAAUCAGUCUCCUCGUAACUGUUAUCAAUCCGCUAUGGGUAAACAAGCUAUGGGAGUUUUCCUCACUAAUUUUGAUGUUCGCAUGGAUACCAUGGCCAAUAUUUUAUAUUAUCCUCAGAAACCUCUCGCCACCACACGUUCUAUGGAGUUUCUUAAAUUCAGAGAAUUGCCAGCAGGCCAAAACGCCAUUGUAGCCAUCAUGUGCUACUCGGGUUACAAUCAAGAAGAUUCCGUUAUUAUGAAUCAAAGCAGUAUUGAUCGUGGACUAUUUCGGAGUUUGUUCUAUCGGGCAUACACCGAUCAAGAAAAGCGUAUUGGUAUGAACGUGGUCGAGCAAUUUGAGAAACCGUAUAGAUCGGACACUCUUAAACUUAAGCAAGGUACAUAUGAUAAACUCGAUGAUGAUGGAAUCGUCGCUCCUGGUGUUCGGGUCACUGGUGCCGAUAUUAUCAUCGGAAAAACCGCGCCAAUUGCUCCUGAUUCCGAGGAGAUGGGUCAGCGCACAAAAUCCCAUGUCAAGCGUGAUGCAUCAACACCUUUGCGAAGCACUGAGAGUGGUAUUGUUGAUCAAGUACUCAUUACUACCAAUGCCGAAGGUCUCCGAUUUGUAAAGGUUCGAAUGAGAACUACCAAGAUUCCUCAAAUUGGUGACAAAUUUGCUUCACGUCACGGACAAAAGGGAACCAUCGGUAUUACAUAUAUGCAACAGGACAUGCCUUUCACCAGAGAGGGCGUUGUUCCAGAUAUUAUCAUCAAUCCCCACGCCAUUCCAUCUCGUAUGACAAUCGCACAUUUGAUCGAGUGUCAAUUGAGUAAAGUCUCUACUCUGCGUGGUCUUGAGGGCGAUGCUACACCAUUUACUGAGGUCACUGUCGAUUCAGUCUCCAAGCUACUCCGUGCACAUGGCUACCAUUCUCGUGGUUUUGAGAUUAUGUAUCAUGGUCAUACAGGUCGUAAGAUGAUGGCCCAAGUAUUCCUUGGCCCCACAUAUUACCAACGUUUGCGCCACAUGGUCGACGAUAAGAUUCACGCCCGUGCCAGAGGUCCGGUACAGAUUCUAACCAGACAACCCGUAGAAGGUCGUGCCAGAGAUGGUGGUCUUCGUUUCGGAGAGAUGGAACGUGAUUGUAUGAUUUCUCAUGGUGCAAGUGCUUUCUUGAAGGAGCGAUUAUUUGAAGUUUCGGAUGCUUUCAGAGUUCAUAUCUGUGAUAUUUGUGGACUCAUGACACCGAUUGCUAAAAUCAAUACUGGUUCCUUCGAGUGCCGUCCUUGCAAGAACAAGACUAAGAUCUCACAAAUCCACAUCCCGUACGCCGCCAAAUUGCUUUUCCAAGAGUUGGCAGCAAUGAACAUUGCCACAAGAAUGUUCACCAAGAGAUCUGGUAUCACGGUGCGCUGA